AUGUCCGACCAACUGCACAAACUGGCGCGACUGAGAAGUCCAUGGCGAUGUUCAUUUCUCACCCUCGCCACGAGCAUAAGCGCGAUAGUCAUUCUGCUGACUGUCAUCCACUCCUUCCUGAACCGACAGCAAGACCCGAAAGGAUGCGCCAUGUCAUACAUGCGACCGCGCUUCGACCCUUUCCCCGAUUUCGACACAGAACACACUCGUUUUGCAAGCAAAUACUCCCUCUACCUAUAUCGCGAGGGAGGCAUAGAUAAUGGUAGCAAAGUCAGAGGCAUACCCGUACUCUUCAUACCUGGAAAUGCCGGGAGUUACAAGCAAGUGCGGCCGAUUGCUGCCGAAGCAGCAACGUACUUCCAUGAUGCACUUCGAGAAGAUAUGGCCAGUAUCCGUGAUGGCAAGCGGCCAUUGGACUUCUUCACUGUCGAUUUCAACGAAGAGCUCAUAGCUUUCCACGGCCAGACUCUGCUUGAUCAAGCAGAGUAUUUGAAUGAGGCUGUGGCAUAUAUCCUAGCCCUCUAUCACAACCCUCACCGCUCAGCACGAGACCCAGGAUUACCGGAUCCCAAAUCUGUUAUCAUACUAGGACACUCGAUGGGUGGUGUGGUUGCGAGGACGAUGUUGAGAAUGUCGAACUACCAAGAGCAUACUAUCAAUACCAUACUUACUUUGUCGGCACCUCACGCCAGACCACCGAUCUCGUUCGAUGCGGCAAUGGUCUCGACAUAUCAUGAUAUCAACACAUACUGGAGGGAAUCAUUUUCAGGCUCGGCAGCAGGGCGGAAUCCGUUGGAUGAUGUCACACUGGUUUCUGUCGCUGGAGGCGGCUUGGACACCAUGAUUCCGUCUGAGUACACCAGCCUGACAUCGCUUGUGCCCGACACACAUGGUUUCACUGUGUUCACGUCUAGCAUACCUAAUGUCUGGACUGGAAUGGACCACUUGGCCAUCAUGUGGUGCGACCAAUUCCGCAAGGCCCUGAUCAAGGCUAUUUACGAUGUGAUCGAUGUUCGUCGUCCUUCUCAAACACGAAGCCAACCGGAGAGAAUACGCGCGUUGCGAAAAAGGCUAUUGACAGGCAUGGAGCCUGUUGUGGAGAGGGGUCUUUUGGAGCAGGAGCCCACAACUUAUUUGACGCUCGAACACAGCUCCACAGGAAUCAUGUCGCACGGACAGCGUCUCGUGCUGCGAUCACUCGGCGACACCGGUGCAACGAAAGCUCAUGUGAUGCCCAUUCCUGCACAGCCAUUCACAGAGGGCAGCAAAUUCACGCUGCUCACCGAUCAAACCUUGGAUUCGGAGGAAGAUGACGGCACGCUCUCGGUAUUGCUCUGCAGCGUCUUCCCACCUCCUUCGGCAUUUCCCGUCUUGUCGUAUGCCAUCAAUCUGGAUGCCUCGAACAGCAAUAACGCUGGAUCUACGAGACUGGCAUGCAAGAAUGCGGUGAACGAUGUGUCGCUUCUGCCUGCUUCGACAAAUACAUCUGCAAAUGCCUUCGACAAGGUCAAGCCGUUCUCAUACCUGCAGUACGAGUUGCCCUCCAUCGCCGACUACCAAUUUGUGGCCGUUGUGGAGAAGGCGAAGGAUUUGACACCAGGAUGGGUUGUAGCCGAAUUCAGCAAUGCUGCGGAAUCGUCUACACAGGUCAGCAAAGGCCACCACCAGAUACUAAUCAGCGGCAUGAAGGUCAAGCUUCCUGCCGAUAGGCCCAUGAUGACCGAACUGAAGAUUCCGGAGAUUCACUCUACCAUGUUUGCGUACUCUCUGCAGGUGAAGCGCAAAGAAUGCAAAAAAUACGAGGAGAGCUUUGCACCACUUCUGCGCCAGUACAUCGCGGAACCCUACGAGUCGAAGUACUUCGUGAAUACGAAAGGUGGUAAUAUCAACGUUCAUGGACUUUCUCCAUUCAUGCCACCACCGCUUGCAGGAGGUCCGACCGACGGUCUGUCGUUGCAGCUUUGGACCGAUCCGACAUGCAAUUCCACAGUUGAGGUCUCUCUGCAGGUUGAUGUGCUUGGCAGUGCGGGUAAGCUCGUCAUGAGAUACCGCACUGUCUUCGCCGCCUUCCCGCUUCUAGUCGUGGCACUGGUCCUCCGGAAACAGUUCAAGGUCUACGACACGACUGGCGUCUUCAUGAGCUUCACGCAAAGCAUGGACCAAUGCAUCAGGUCAUCCAUUCCGGCAAUCUGGGUUGCAUUGACAUUCUUCGCCGUUGCGGUCUCAAAGUCUAGCCACAGCGUGUGGACAAGACACCUGCUCAGUACCUCUACUGGCACCUCUGAGCAGGCCAUCGACUUUACUGUCAACGACCUCAUGCUGGGCACAUCCGAUCCCUUUUUCUGGUUCCUGGUGCCUCUCUUCGCCAUCAUCAGCGUCGGCAUUUGCAUCGUCAUGAAUUAUGUUGUCCUCAUGUUGACACAUGUUUUUGCACUCAUCACUGCACAUACUAGGCCGGGCACUCAGCGGCUUGCAGACGGGUACGUCAAGCAUCACAUCUCGCAAUAUCUCAUGUCUAACAUUGUCUCCAGUACGACUCAAUCCUAUGGCGGUGCCAUGAAUCAACGAUUAUUCACGACCGGCAUGUUAUUGCUGCUUGUGGUAACUGUGAUUCCGUAUCAAUUCGCCUACCUGGUGCUUUGCACAAGACAAAUCUUUACCUGCGUUGGCUCGCUUAGAGGUGCACAGGAGACUCAAUCUGCAGCCAGCUACAACUUCUACAACUACACGCAUUCGAUGCUGAUCCUCAUGCUUUGGAUUCUGCCUAUCAACAUGCCUGUCCUGGUGGUUUGGAUACACAACUUGACAGUACACUGGUGGACACCGUUUUCCACGCACCACAACUUGCUAUCUGUGCUCGGGUACAUCUUGCUGGUCGAGGUGAUGAGCACGAACAGUAUGAUACCACGGGUCACGAGCCGCAUCCGAUUCCUCACCAACACAUUAAUGUUUGCAUUGGCACUCUACGCUGCCGUGUACGGCGUCACUUACGCCUACCGGAUGCACUACCUCGUGAACGCGUUGUGUUUCUGGCUGUUCGUCAUACACCUCUCGAACGGACCAUACUCGCUGGCGAAUAUGGCGAAAUUCUUCUCUGGCAGCGGCUCAACAUCGCCGCCGCCUGGAGGACAUUCCAGUCAUGGAAAGAAGCGACCAUGA